AUCCGUGCAUAUCGCAACCGUUGAUCCAAACCAUUGCCAUGCCAGCCACAAAGGAAGGGCAUGUCAACACACACACAUCACAGCGACAGCUAUCUACAAAACCUCAAGGCCCGACGGCAGCACUUUGGCAAUGCCGUCUGGAAAAAGCCGGCCCUCAUCACUCCUCGAAGGCCUUUUCAAAUGCGGCGGACGUGUUGCCCUCGGUGACGCGUGACACAGGGAUAGUGAGCGGCAGAUUAUUGUCGACGAUGUACUGGUUGGCGUACUGAAACGCCUUGGCACGUUCGUCCCUGCACCAAGCGCACGAUGGAAUGGAGAGACACACAGACAGACAGACAGACAGACGGAUGCCAUCACCGUCUCGAGAUCCAUCGUGCGUGUGCCUGUCUGUCUGUCUGUCUGUCUGUAUGUGUGUGUCGUGUGGAUGUGUGAGCCAGUGCGUACCUGCUGGCGCCAUUGCCGAUCCACACGAACAGGCUGACGCCUCCAUUGUCGACCAGGAAGGUGUCCGCAGUGUCCAAAUCAGACUUGGAGAUCUUGCCGCUCGACACCACCUGCCAAACAAAUCACACCACACCACACCACAUUCAGUGGGCACACCAAGCCAGACACACAGGCGAGCGGUGACAUACGGUCAUGGUCAGCGUGCCGCUGGCGUCACUCAGGCGCAGCAUCCUCUUGGGGCUCGUCAAGACUUCCGAGUCGGCACCACCUGACACAUUUGGCUCGGAGAGAAUGCUUGAGCGCAAAUGCGUGUGCGCGCGUGUGUGAGUUGUGUGUGUGUGUGGCGCCUACCUUCGUCAGCGGCCUUGACAGGGCCCAUCCCGCCGAGCAGGUCCCAGAACUCGGGACAAGACUCCUGGCCGUCAAGCACUUGAAACCUGGGACGCCCCUGCCGGUCUGCACGAAUGGCCGUCGCCACCUGGUUAGACAAAACCAGGCACAAGUAGGUGGCUCUGCAUUCAAUUCAUGCUUGAAGUGAGAUCCCACCCACCUCGUUGCCCUUCCGCUUCUCAAACACGCCAGCAGCGGUGCCGUUCCACUGGUAAAGCGACAGGCCGGCGUCCAAAACGUACCUAAAAGAUGAGAUAAACGGACGGACGCAGAUCCACGGCGAGUGAGUAAGUGUGUCCGUGUGGUGGAAUGGGGUGGGGUGCGUGCGUACACGUCUCCGUCGUUGAUCGAGUCGCGGGUGAGAGGGACCUGCCGCACACGCAUCGCCUUUCGCUGACCCUUCACGUGCAACAGACGCGGCUGCAGACAGACAGACAGACAUCAACGAAACACAUACAGACAGGACGAGUACGCCCGACGGCCGCCCACGCACCCACCUUGUAAGCAGUGGGCUCCACCUUGGUGAAUCCCGAUUCCACACCGCCGCUCAUGACCAUCAUCGACGGCUGGAACAGGUCGAGGAACUCGUCCGUCUCGUGGUCCUGCACCUGAACAUACACAAUGCGAGCCGAGUGUUGUGUGUGGAUGAUGGCGACAGACAACGGACCUGACGGAACUGCACGGGCAGCUGGCCGAGGCGGUCGUCAAGUUCCACCGUCUUGUACGCCGCCACUGGAAGAAGCAUGUCAUAAAUCAGAUAUAUACAAGACAGCAGUCGAGUGCAUGUGUCUGUCUGCGUGGCAUCCGUCAAUCGACACGCACCGGCGGCUUCGUCCUGCGAGGCGCCCACGCCGAUCCAGAAGUGAACGUUGUACAGCAUCUUGUCCCCACCUGCCAGCAGCAGGAGUGCGAUCGAUGUGUGUGCUGUGCCACGACGCUGUGUAUACCUUUCUUUUUGUAUGAGUGCAGGACGAUGUAAGCGUCCCCGUCAAAGAAGCUGCCGUACUGCUCUCUGGGCCAGCGGACGAUCUUGAGCUUCUCCACACGCCAGAUCUCGACGCCCUCCUUCUCGCCUGCAGCACCGCACCAUGCGGUCGGUCUCACACAUAGAGAGGAGGCCUCUCUCUCUGUGUGAACGAAUGCAUGUGUGUAUGUGACACAUACGCACCUGCGCCAUCGAAGGCGGGUUCUGCUUCUGCAGAUGCCUUGCGGACCUCGAGCGCCAGAUCACUGCACACAUGCAACAUCAUUCAGCGAUAAAACGAGGCAGAUAGACUCAUUUCAGUCGCCCACGAGGAGAGCAGGGCAAUAUUGGAGUCCUCGAGCCUGGCUUGCGGCAU